CCUCCGCUGACGUCAACCGGGGCCGCCAUAUUGGAGGGGAGCCGCCGCCUCCCGCCCGCUGUCUCCCUCCACCUCCGCGGCGUCGCUAGGGCUGUUUCGCGGGCCGCGGCCACAGGCAGGAAGGCCCCCUUCUCCCGGCUCGCUGGCACCGGUCCAGCCCGCUUCUCCCCGACCCGUCUCCCCAUGACUGCCUCCAGCCCUGCGGCCGAAGGACGUCACCCCGGCGCCCGGGUUUAACAGGGAAGCCCGGGGCCGAGGCCGCGGGGGGAGAGGAGGGAGACCCGGUUGGUCCCGCGUCCCUCUCGGCCCGGCGCGGCGCCUCGGCCGGAGCUAUGACCUCGCUGACCCAGCGCAGCUCGGGGCUGGUGCAGCGGCGCACCGAGGCCUCCCGCAACGCCGCCGACAAGGAGCGGGCGGCGGGCGGCGGCGCCGGCAGCGGCGAGGACGACGCGCAGAGCCGCCGCGACGAGCAGGACGACGACGACAAGGGCGACUCCAAGGAAACGCGGCUGACCCUGAUGGAGGAGGUGCUCCUGCUGGGCCUCAAGGACCGCGAGGGUUACACAUCAUUUUGGAAUGACUGUAUAUCAUCUGGAUUACGUGGCUGUAUGUUAAUUGAAUUAGCAUUGAGAGGAAGGUUACAACUAGAGGCUUGUGGAAUGAGACGUAAAAGUCUAUUAACAAGAAAGGUAAUCUGUAAGUCGGAUGCGCCAACAGGAGAUGUCCUUCUUGAUGAAGCUCUGAAGCACGUUAAGGAGACUCAGCCUCCAGAAACGGUCCAGAACUGGAUUGAAUUACUUAGUGGUGAGACAUGGAAUCCAUUAAAAUUACAUUAUCAGUUAAGAAACGUGCGGGAACGAUUAGCUAAAAACCUGGUGGAAAAGGGCGUGUUGACAACAGAGAAACAGAACUUCCUACUUUUUGACAUGACAACACAUCCCCUCACAAAUAACAACAUUAAGCAGCGCCUCAUUAAGAAAGUACAAGAAGCUGUUCUUGACAAAUGGGUGAAUGACCCCCACCGCAUGGACAAGCGCUUGCUGGCCCUUAUUUACCUGGCCCACGCCUCUGAUGUCCUGGAGAAUGCUUUUGCUCCUCUUCUGGAUGAGCAGUAUGAUUUAGCCACCAAGAGAGUGCGGCAGCUUCUCGACUUAGACCCUGAAGUGGAGUGUCUGAAGGCCAACACCAACGAGGUCCUGUGGGCCGUGGUAGCGGCGUUCACUAAAUGACUGCUCAGAGUGAGACACUCUCCUUCAUGUAAACCAGUAGAUUUCCUUCUGUUGUCUUCUGGUUUUCUGCAGUUUGUACUGUCCCACACUAUAAUCUGCUUUUGUUUCACGAAAUGGUGGGUGGCGUUUUCUUUUUGUAUGUAUGAGGGAUUCUGCUGGUACGAGAGGCCUUCCUCUUUCUGUUUUUAAAAAAAGUUUUACUGCCAUAUUGGCAUUCCAUUCCCUGUUGCCAUUCUCACUGUUACCUGUUGUAGGUUUCUAGUAUACUUUGACUCUCAGAGUACCUCCAGUCUCCUCACACAUGCACGACUUGUGGAUUAUCUCAGCUUGAGUUUUCCCACAUGUGCGUGUGUGUCUAGCAUUCUGCUAUGAUUCAGACAGAAGUCACAAAAAGGCCUUCAACUCACCAAAGGUAAAUAUCUGUAUCUAUUAGGACAUUUUCUACAUAGACCUCAGUUGUUGAGAUGUGUACUUAGCAAAUUAUUUUUAAAUUGAAGCAGCACAGUAAAUACUUAAUAUAAAAUGCCCCUUGGAUUUUGCUUCCCAUGUAAAUCUGUUGUAUUAUUACACUUGUUAUAAUUUUAACUAUUAAAUCAUAAAGGUCCAAUUGUUUCACAAAGCCAGUUUGGAUGGGCUGCAUUCCAGUUUUGCUGUAUAUAGUUUGAGUUAUAUAUCAAUCGCCCCUUCUGGCCACUCCUGCCCCCAUCUUAGUAUUUUGCAGAUUUAAUUAGUUGUAUACCUGGUGCCCGUCACUUGCUUCAGAAGUCAUUGUUACAUGAUGGCAAAAUAGACCUCAUUGAAGGAGAGGAAAAGACAUGCAUCUGAUUGGGCCCAGAUUUUUUUGAGCUGUGCCAUUCAUGGUACUCUUUGCCUAUGCAUCUCCUUUUUGGAAUUUUUUUUCUUUGUGGUCUUUUUUUUUUUUUUUUAAUAAUUUACAUAGGGAAGAGGCUUGUGACCAGUACCAAUCUUGAGUACAGAUUUUUUUUUCUGUCCACAGUAAAUUAAUGUCUGCUCUGAAAUGUCACUUACCGACUCACACUUUCUUAGGGAAAGAAAUCAAAUGUCAGUCCUAGCAGAUGUUGCAUGAAAAUGGAUAGCAAGUAAUGACUACAACUCAGAUGAUUAAGAAUUUUGUAACAGAAAGCUCUGCUAUGAUUUAAUUUUUUAUAUGCAAUUAUGAUAAUUAGCAUUGUAAGAGUAUAAACCUUUGCUUUUUAAAGCUUAUUUUUACUAUUUCUUUAUCACUGUUUAUCCUACCAACAUUGGUUUCAUAAUGUAAAUAAUAUACAUUGAACAAAUAAAUGUCAAAUUUUUAUUACCAUAGUUCAUGUUAAUAGUGGGGCUUUCAGGUGUUUAGAGAUCAUUUUGGUUAACAUUCAAUGCAAAAGUACUAGAUGGUGUAUAACUCUAGAGUUGAAUUUUGAGGGAUUCCUUAAUAUGUAUACUAUCUUUUUAUCUGAAGUAAUAAAUAAAUAUGAUCUUGAAAGUGCCUGAAUCAGA